UCUGUGGAGUAGUCAGCCAUCAAACAAUCAGUUACCAUUAGGAAACUUGUUACUUUCUGCAAGUAUCCUGUUUUCAGGUGCUAGUGUCACAAACAUUCUUAAUGUGUUGAACAGAAUAAAUGUGUCUUCAUUUACAGACAGAACAUACAGACAUAUUCAGUCUUGUUACCUGGUACCAGCUGUUAAGAAUGUUUGGUCACUUUGGCAAAUGGCAGCAGUAAGAGAAGUUAAAGGGAGAAAUGUAAAACUUGGAGGGGAUGCUAGAUGUUGUUCACCAGGCCACACAGCUAAAUAUGGUAGUUAUUCUCUUAUGGAUUUGGAGAGUGGAAUUGUAUUAGAUGUGCAACUGAUACAGGUUACAGAAGUUAAUGAUUCAUACGCAAUGGAGAAAGAGGGUUUGAUUCGGGGACUAGAGGCUCUGAAAGGAAAGGGAGUUCAAGCAACAGACCUAACUACAGACAGACAUUGUUCAGUGAGAAAGCACAUGAGAACUAUGGAACCAGAUAUAAAUCAUUGGUUUGAUGUGUGGCAUGUUGCUAAAGGUGUUUAUAAGAAACUGAUACUAUUAUCUAAGAAGAAAGGCUGUGAACAGAUUGAAGAAUGGGCACAAUCCAUAUCUAAUCAUUUGUAUUGGGCAGCUGCUAGCAGUGAUGGAGAUGGUGAUUUGGUAGAGGCAAAAUGGAAGUCAAUAACAAAUCAUGUGGCCAAUCUUCAUGAUGGACAUGGUGAGCUAUAUCAAAGAUGCCAACAUGAACACCUAGACCGAUCAAAAGCACACAAGUUACUAAAAGAGUGUUUAUUGAAAAAAAGUUUUAUGAAAGAUAUUCAAAAGUUGUCCCCAGCCGAGCAGACAUCCAAAUUGGAAUCUUACCACAAAGUUGUCUGCCAAUUUGCACCCAAAUUCCAACACUUUUUUUAUGAUGCCAUGAAUGCAAGAUUGUUAUUGGCUGCAAUGCAUAACAAUGAAAACUGUGUUAGACAACAGGCUACUAAAAGGGAUGGUACUGCCAAAUGGAAGAUAGCCUACCCAAAAGCCAAACAUGGAGACCACACUUUGAAGCCUGUAUUGGAUUCAUGUUCUUACGGUUAUGUAAAGGAUCUUCUGCGAGAAGUAAUGGAGCUUCGAGAAGCAUUUCCCUCUUACAAAGCUGCUCAGGUAUUGGUCAGUCGAGAUGCUCCACCACCAACCACAUUAAAGUCUGCCAAUAGGAUUGAAUUGAAUGUUGCCAUUACUCGGCAUCAUUCAAGAUUUAACACUACUUAAACAUGCAUUAUGCAAGAGCUAAAUCUGAUUAUUGCAAGUCUUAAUUUAGGUUUCAGAUGUUAUAGAAAUUAUAAAUUAGAUCUUUAUUUAAACAACAAGACCAAAAUCAACUCUGUAGACCCACGGAUGGCUCGGCUACAGCUCGGAUUUAAAUAGGAUUUCACUAAUUGAUUAAGGGGUAACCUGAUGAAAAUACGUCAGUUAGAUCGAGGCUAAAUGAUAGAGUGUACUUAGCGAGGCCGCUGUUAAGCGUUUCCGUAUGCCAUUGAAAACUUUACUUGAUAAUCGAGAUAUGUAGGUGGAGUUAACGCCUGUCAAUCAAACGUUCGGCGAAGGUGAAUACACAUUUCGCUACCAUUUCUAGGCAAAUAUUACAACGAUGAUAACUAUGUUCAGAAUAAAGUAAUUUGACUGAAUUUUUCAAUAUAUUCUUCUUUCAUCAUCUACUUUUGAACUGUUAUAGCAAGAAUGGCCAACUCUCUAUAAAUAUCUCCCAUAAUGUAUCUUUAAGUAGAGACGACAGCGCCACUGUCUGGGCAAAAUUUUUCUCAUAGCACAAAGCAUGGCAUAUUUCCGUUUCUUACUACAUAUUUUAGAACAGCCCUUGAUUGUCUAGUAUUGUCUCUGGUCGCAUUUGUAAUUCUUUAACUGGUUCAAGUUGUGAUUGAUUAUACUGCAUCUUAAUUAGUAUCACUUACGGGAAAAACAAAUACAAGUUUCUUGAUUAAAGUUUUAUAUUAAGCUCUGAUACAAAGGAUACAUGCAUUAUAAUAAUUCAUUCUCUCAAACCCCAUCCAACCAGACCAGUGAUGGGAUUUCGCCUGUAUAUUCCGGACUUGUCCGACGCUAUUUCCAAACGCCCAAACUUGUCCGACCUUGAAUAUGCCCAGUCGGACAUCAAGACAUGGUGAAUAAUAUUCAAAAUUCCAAAAUUAAUAUACAUGUAGUCUACUGAGUGUACAGCUACAACUCAACCCGAUUAUCGUUGAUAAUAGGCUGGAUUGAUUAGGUAAUUAAGUGAUCAACGUAUUUAUCGUGUUAUACCGUCUUACACCUACUUUGAUUAACUACUUAAUCUGUCUUGAUUGGCUGACUUAUCCUUUUUCGGACAGUUCAUCAAUCCAAUCUCAAACAGAAGUCAUUGCUUUCCCUUUAUCGGACUAUUCAUCAAUCCAAUAAGAGUGAUUAUAAUUUUAAUCUAAGUGUUAAACUUGUGGUUUCUACACUGACUUUUACAUUUUAAUCACAGCAUGUACCAACCGACAGCAUGGAUAAGCUAGAUGUCACAUUUCGUAAGAGUACAAAACACCCCAAAUCAAUAGACAGUCAUUUAGUCUGCAAUAUCUUUUACGUCUUUUAAGACUCCAUAUAGAAAUUCCCAUUUGCAGUGGCAUUUCGCCGCGAUCUCAAUUGCCGUGCAAAAAUCGCUUAGGAUAAAGACAAGGAGUACGGUCGCCUGUCCAACCUCGUGGGUUUUCUCCGGGACCUCCGGUUUCGUCCCACUGCUAAAGACCCCUACGCGCAAGCGAAUUAUUUAAAUAAAAUUAAACCAUAUGUUAGUCCCGAAAUGACCUAUUUUGUGUCGAGUGGACGUUA